GUAAUGUUUUGAUUAAAUGCUGAUUAAAUAUUUUAAUUUCGUUGACAGUUCUUUUACGACAAACAAACCAUUUCCGGGGACUGCCAGCGUGGAAAAAAAUUGCUGCGUCAAGUACAAAUUUAGAAAAUAAUAUGUCAGAAAAAGCAACAGAAGCAGAAUCACAUGGUGCAGAGGUUGACCUUCCACCUAAACAAGCAAUGGAAACUGACGCUCCCCCUCCCUAUAAUCCACCUGCGCAGACAGGACCAGAUGCACAGUUUCAGAUGUUUAUGAAUCCAAUGUUUGCUGAGCUUGAAUCAAGAGUUAAAGAACAUGAGAAAAUUCUGGACAAAAUAAAUGAAGAUAUGAAGAGAGAACAAGAAAUGGAGAGAAAGGCAAAAGAACAGGCUCAUCUGCCUGGACCAUUGAAAGGGAGUGGGCAAGAGCUUUCAGAUGUAAUGAAGAAAGUAGAAGAGAUGAUUGUGUAUGAGAUUGAUGAAGAUGAAGAACAAGAACAGGAAAAUAAAGAGGAAGAAAAACCAUUUAGUUUCAUGGAUACAUGGCUUGAGGCCCGACGUAAGAAAGCCCUGGGCCAGGAACCAGACGAGGAAGAGAAACAGGAAGUAGAACCACAGAAACCUCAAAAAGACAGGAAGUAA